UACGGGGACAGAUUCUAUGUCAUGUUGUCCGGCAAGACCUCGGUCUACAUCGACACUUUCCGGUCUGACGAAGACGCGACACCGGAAACCCAACCAGCGGACGAGCAUAAAAAGGAAAUUCCGGGCACACGUGAUGAAGAGUCUCGCAGUGACGUCAUCGCCAGGGAGCAUUUCGGCAAGUUCAUCAUGCAUUUCGUGGCAGGGCAAGGCUUUGGGGAGAUCGCGCUGUUACGUGACAAUUGUGUACGUAACGCGACCAUCAUAGCAGACACCGCAUGUGAUUUGCUGGUCGUGCAGAAAAAGUUGUUCGACACUUGCAUAAAGGCCAGCCAAUUAGCAGAGUACCAGGAGAAGAAACGUUUCGUCGAGUCCAGCAACAUUUUCCGCGGCUGGAGCCCAAAGUUCCGGAACCUUCUGGAGAUGAGCCUCAUCAAAGAGCACCACCCCUACGGCUCGGUCAUUGUCCAGCAGGGGGCGCCCGUGAGGGGGUUGAUUUUCGUCAUCAGUGGUCAGGUCAAGUUGACCGUGACACCCCGCCUCCACAAACAACAGUUCCAGGAUUUGUUGCAGAAACACCAGUACAGACGGCACAGAAACAGGGCUCAGUCUGAUACGGACCCGACGAGACAGUUGACCCCAUCACAAGCCUCCCCCAGAAGCUCCAAGCUAACGGCGGAGCAAAUUUUUGUAAGGCGAAGGUUCGGAUAUGCCGCGGCGGAAGAAAGAAUCAAGUCCAAAUGUGUUGAUAUCAGUUGUAUAGAGAAAGGGCAAGUUAUAGGUGACAUAGAGACGGUGCUAGACCUGGCGACCAGCAUCGAGACAGCCGUGUCCACGUCAUCAACCUUUGUGUACGUGCUCAACACGAAAAACUACGAGAGGCUGGUGGUCAAGAAGAACCCCGCGACGUUGGGCAAAAUACAGGCCAGAAUCGCAGCAUCUAAAGCUACACAGAUUCCGUUGUUUGAUUGUUUGGUGUCGGAGCUUAAAGCGAAGCUGGACCGACACCGCGGUACUGGCAGGUUUUACUCCAGCGAGCUACGGAAAAAGAUCCAAAACCAGCCGAAACACCUACUAGAGAUUUUCCGACGUAAAAACAUUCCGCUCACAGAACCUUACGCAAAAGCUUCCAUGCAUCAUAAAAUUUCCUCAAAGCGACAUUUUAUUUCUAGAGGGAAUUUCGGACCGAGGAGGGAUAUAAGAAAUAAAGAAGAUAAGUUCGACAACAACAAAAAAGUAGUCCCUCGAAGUAUUGCGCAGUUAAAAAACAACAUCGUUGCUGAGAAAGAACUUCUCGGCGUGGAGCGUGAACUCGUGGACGUCAGCGCCACUCGACCAAUGACUUCCGUCGGAUUUAGCCGAAAAACUGUAGGCAUUUUCUCCCCAAUAAGUGUAAGCCGACCAAGAACGGCCAUUGGAGUUUCGUUAAAAAUAAUUGAGUGUUUACCAAAAGAUAAGACAUCUGGUUGGUUCGAAUCCGCUGGGGAUGGUGUGGAUACUUUAGACAAGGAGUCGGUGGAGAGUAUUUUCGAAGAGAUGGAGCAGAUGAGAGAAGAAAACAUCAGGCAUCGUAUCAGGAUAGUCAAAUCUGCAGCAAGAAAAGCGAAACCGGAAACGGAAGUGUCGAAAAGCGGAAAUGAUGAGGACGUUUUUGAUUGGGAGACGAGCGAGCCGAAUCUCCGAGAUUUGGAAGGUCGUGUGGUCAGUUUUUGUCGAGCUGUUAAUGACGGGAGGUCAGUGAGUGGAAGAAAGACUACAGCAACAUCGCUCAGGAGAUUUGAAGUUAGCGACCUAGCAUCACUUCCGUUACCUGGGGGCACCGUCUUUGUACACAGGAAAAUGUGUGCCCACCCACAUGCACACGUCAACAAUCCCAGCAUACAUCGGCAUGUCAGAUACUUUAUUCUCUCCCCUGAAGGGUCGUAA